AGCAUCCACGUCCUAUCAACCCCUAUCGAUGGCAGCAAUUCAAUAUGGAUGUUAUCAAAAGAUACAUCUGUUGUGGAUGCCAGAAAGAUCUCCAAAUGUCUCCCUCAGAACGGUGAGCUAAAGCCAGACAAGCCUCAAUUGUCCCUGUGAAGCGGGAAUAGUUAACCAGCAGACGAACUGCCAGCUUACGGUGUAUCAAAACACCGCAGUCCGUCCCCUACCAAGCGUACACUACUCGUAGCAACAUGCGGUUCAUAUCCAUGGCGGCUUCUCUCCUGUUUCGAGCAUCCGACCACCAAUCACACAUGGCAUCGCAAGCAGUGCUCUCCCCUCCCAGCCCAGGAGCCCACCAAGGCAUGCCUCUUCCCAUGAGACCGGCACCGUUCGGUAGGGUUUGUAGCGUACGGGAUCAAGCAUCGCUCAGACAACGCUUCUGCAACCUGCGGCAAGUGAUGAGCAAAGUCAGGCCAUCCUUUCCAUCGUGGAUCCCCCGGGGGUCCUCUUUUGCUCUUGCCGCAUAAGCGUGACUGGCUGUGAAGAGGCUCCUCUUCUUCCUUUGCACUUCCUUCUUCUCUUGGCACGGCCCCUCAAACCUAAACCCAGCACUUUUCGUUUCUCCCUACGAGCUCAGCCACCGGUGCAGGCAUUGUGUACAGGCUCGAAUACUCACGCUCCUUCACAACACCAGCACCUUCUCUUCGACCUUACCACCCUUUACACAUUCGGGCUUCUCAUCUCAGCAGGCUCUGAAUGAUAUCGCCGUUUUAAUACAAUACACACAACCGUUCUUUGCCACAGAUAAUCGGAGGAAGGAAGGGAGAAGUCGUCCAGUUCAAGUAGGAGAAGAGGGGUUCAAAGCGAGACGGAAGGUUGAGGAAAGGCCGACUUGAAGUCGCACCGCUUGCAAGAUGGACGAAAAGGGAUAUGCGAGGAGUAGUACGUCGUCGAUGAAGGUAUCGGAACGAGCGAGAUGGCCGCCCUUGACGAGGAUGUUGAUGUCGGGGGAAAUGAGUGGUGAACGGCCGAAGGACCUCAAUGCGCGUGAAAGAUUCGACAGGUGGAUGGUUAACGAAGGUUAUCGACGAUUUUUCGUCUUCGUCUUCGCUGCCAUUCAUGCAAUGGUCUUCGCCUUCGGUUUCAUGAACUAUCAGAUUAAGGACAACUUAUCGAUAGCAAGGAGUACGUUCGGUCUGACAUAUCCGAUAGCAAGAUCUGCGGCUCUCGUGCUUCAUUUUGACGUAGCCAUGAUUCUGUUCCCGGUCUGUAGAACACUCAUUUCUUUGGCUCGACAAACGCCUCUGAACGGCAUUGUACAAUUCGACAAGAACAUUACAUUCCAUAUGACAACAGCUUGGUCGAUCGUCUUUUUUUCUUGGGUCCAUACGAUUGCGCAUUGGAACAACUUCGCGCAGAUUUCAGCGAAGAACAACCUCGGAUUUGGCGGAUGGUUACUCGCCAACUUCGUUACCGGCCCAGGAUGGACAGGAUAUAUUAUGCUCACUGCGCUGAUGUGUAUGGUCAUUACUUCAGUCGAGAAGAUGCGUCGUGCCAACUUUGAGCGUUUCUGGUAUACUCACCACAUGUUCGUAGUGUUCUUCUUCUUCUGGUCUAUCCACGGUGCCUACUGUAUGAUUCAACCCGAUAUCGCCCCAUACUGCGUUGGACUCGGAUCCACGGCAAUUGGAGUAUUCUGGCAAUACUGGAUGUAUGGAGGGUAUAUCUACCUGAUGGAGAGAAUUGCCCGUGAGGUCCGAGGCAAGCACAAGACAUACAUCUCCAAGGUUGUUCAACAUCCCAGCAUGGUCUGCGAGAUUCAGAUCAAGAAGGAAAACACAAAGACGAGAGCUGGACAGUAUAUUUUCUUCUGCUGUCCCGAGGUUUCCGUUUGGCAAUAUCACCCUUUCACUUUGACUUCAGCACCCGAGGAGGAUUACAUCUCCAUCCAUAUGAGAAUGCAGGGCGACUUUACGAAAGCAGUUGGAAAGGCUCUUGGAUGCGAAAUCGAUAAGCCAAGAGGAGGAGAUAAAAAGGAUGCAUCCCAAGUCGUCAGUGUCAACAAGAACGGACCAGGAGCCGAAGGUGUUGACCCAGCUAUUCGCCGAGUACUCCCCCGCGUUUAUAUCGAUGGUCCAUUCGGUUCCGCCUCGGAAGAUGUCUUCAAGUAUGAGAUUGCUAUGCUUGUAGGAGCAGGUAUCGGAGUUACACCAUUCGCAUCGAUUCUGAAGUCCAUCUGGUACCGGAUGAACUACCCACAAAAGAAGACUCGCCUCCGCAAAGUUUAUUUCUUCUGGAUUUGUCGUGACUUUGGCUCCUUCGAAUGGUUCCGCUCGUUACUACUCGCCAUCGAGGCUCAAGAUAUGGACAACCAUAUCGAGAUCCACACAUAUCUCACCGCCAAGAUCAAGGUCGAUGAUGCCACCAACAUCAUGAUCAACGAUGCCAACGCCGACCGCGAUGCCAUCACCGGCUUAAGAGCACCUACGAAUUUCGGCCGUCCCAAUUGGGAUAUGGUGUUCAAGAGUGUACGCAAGAUUCACAGCCCGGCCGAGGCGGGUGUGUUUUUCUGUGGUCCGAAGGUUUUGGGAAGUCAGUUACAUAUCAAGUGUAAUAUGUAUACCGAGCCUGGAUUCGCCUUCCAGUGGGGCAAAGAGAAUUUCUAGACGGACAAAAUGGCAACUUUGCAAACUUUUUUCUGUUUAUUCUUCAUUUAAGGCAGCGUGCAUGGUAUGCGGUAGAUGGACGGAAUGGAUCAGGUGAUGGGACUGAUGAUAUUAUUGAGGAUGCAUCUGGGGGAGAGGGGCAAGCGCGAGCGAUGGUAUAUAUAUCGGAGGGACUAGAUGUCCGCCACCCAGAUGGACCUUUUGUCGUCUUCAUCUCCUUUUCCUUUUUUUAUCGGAAAGCAAAUUAUAAGAAAUGUGUAUUUUACUCGUUUCUGCUUUUCCAACCCCUACUGUUGGUUGUCAUUUUUGAUGAAUUUUUCCAGUUCGGUUCGGUUCAGCAGCGCCUGGCGCGUUUAUUUGAUGCUGGGAGGAGCUUAGGUUGUUGAGUUCGGAUGGCAUGAAGAGAUGAUGGUAAGGUUUAUGUAUAUAAUUCAUUAGACAGAUGGUAUAGCAUGGACCGGAUGAACUGGAAUGACAUGAGUUGGGUUGAUAAUAGACGAUGGCACUCUGAAAUCGCAAUAGUGGAGAUGCACA